AUGAUGUCCGAAUCUUCACCAGAUUAUACCCGAGUCCUUGUGACGGUGGCAUUCACCAUCAUCCACUACAUUGUUGGCUCAGUAUUCUUCGACCUUGUCCACUGGCAGGCUCACCAAAAGACGCGCAACAAGUUCAUCCGGUGGCUAAGCCGGACGCACUCGGCACACCACCAGUACUUUAACCGCCAGCUCCAGUUCAACGACAAGUUCCGCUACGCCAACCUCGUCUCGCACAUGCCCCUCGAGUUCGCCUGCCAGGCGAUUGGCAGCUCCACGAGCUGGAUGAUCCUUCGCAGGUUCUACCCGACAGGCGCCUAUGACCUGCUUAUCGUCAUGGUGGUGCAAAUCGUCCGAACCGCCGUCGUGGCGUGGAAUCUGGGCAACGACUCGAAUCACAUCCCUUACCAAGUCCUCCCCAAAGACAAAAACAGCUUGAUUGUCGGACCUGAAUACCACGUGCUGCACCACAUUGAUCCCCAGAAUUACUUUGGGUCCAUGGUGCGUGUCGUGGACAUGCUCUUUGGAACGGCCACGACGUUCAAGGGCCGCCGGGUCGCCAUGACCGGGUCAAGUGGCGCGCUCGGCAGAGAAUUGGCCAGGAUGCUGCAAAAAGAGCAGGCUGCGUCCGUUACACCUUUGCGACACGGCGUGGAAUGGUCCAAGGACGACUACGCGGGCCUCGCGCCGAUACUGGCCGAGACGGAUAUCCUGGUGCUCUGUCACGGGACAAAAGACACCCACGCCGCCUUGUCCAUGAACUGCACGUCGGCCGUGUCCAUCAUUGAACUGUUCAAGCAGACGAGGGCCCGGACAAAGCCAGAGCUGAUCCCCGAAGUCUGGUACGUCGGCAGCGAAGCCGAACUCCACGGCGCGCUACCCGGGGACAAGGUCAUGCAGGCAUAUGCCGAGUCAAAGCGGGCUUUUGUGCCGUUUGCGCGCAGUUACUACGACGAUGAGACGAUUUUGUAUCGACAUAUUGUUCCGGCAGCCUUCAAGUCACGGAUGGGCUCGGCUAUUGUUGGAGCGGAUUGGGCUGCUCGAGUGGCGAUUUGGUGGAUUCGGAGGGGAGCGCAGUACGUGCCGGUGACUUACACCGGUCUUGCCUUUGUGAAUUACUUCCGGUUCAUGUACUGGGUGACGCCGACACCUGCCGGCACUCUCAAAGCUCAAAAAUCGUCGGAAUGA